AUGGAUGCUAAGUGUCUUGUGUCUCUUGUGGUAGUUCUCAUGGUUGGGGUGUAUGGGACCCACGGGCAGGAUGCCAGGGUGAAGCUGUGUGGGAGAGAGUUUAUCCGUAUGGUAGUCACAUCAUGUGGGAGCUCCAGACUGAGGCGCUCCACUCCGACGCUUGGACAACACCCCGUCAACCACCACAGGGUAAUUCUGGAUUGGCUGAACAGCAAUCAGUUUUCCAACCUGAGGACUUCAGAGACUGGUGAAGAUGUGGUGAAACAGCAAGAUGACCAGGACUCCACAGAGAGUAUGACAGAAGACCAGCAGACCCAUCCAGGGUUUCCCAGCACACCGCAGGUCCAGGGGGACAUGGAGCCUUCAACCGUCCCUCUGGGGUACACCGUGUCCUCCCGUACCCGCCGAGACGUGGGGCCUGCUGGGGUGUGCUGCCGAUCCGGCUGCACCAUGAGCGAGCUGGUCCAGUAUUGCUAAGCUAAAGCUAAUGGUAGGCUAAUGCUAGGCAAGAAUAACAUUUCACAAGGAAUUGUUGGUCAGCCAUUGCUUGGUUAGCCAUUGGAAUGACGGAAUAGGUUAAAAUCAGGUUUAUUUACAUUCGUUGGGAUGUUUGAAGGGCCAUUUUGCAGUUGCCAAACCUUUGCAUUAGAGCUAAUGCAGUUAGUUCUACAGAAAUGUUCAUGUUGUUUUCUUGAUAUCAUGAAUUGUGUUUUAAUCUAAUCAUUAGAGUAUUGUUGUGGAAGGAUUUGUGUAAUGAUAAAAUCAAGACGGAAAGAAUGUUGUCGAAAGAGGCUUUAUUUAUCAUAAUAAUAAUUUGUAUUAUUUAUCACAUUAAUAUUAUACUUGAUUCUCACCUGCACAAUGAAGGACAACAAUGAAUGCCAAAUGAGAGUUGUCAAGAAACCUUCCUGUUCAUCUUGAAACACAAUGUAAUAAAGCUUUUGAAGAUCAUCGGUGAGUGGAGGUUACUUAACAGUUGUCUGUCUUUUGCAAACCAUGCUUUUCUGACUUCAAACAGGGACAAUAACCCCUCACUUCUCCACAAUGUGUUGCGAGCUCCAUGCCAUGUUGAAAGUGCUUUGAAACCUAUAGCGACAUGUGCUAUACAGUAGAAAUGCAAUCGAUCCAUGGUGUCAUAGAGAAGGCAUCACCCCCACAGAGCAUCCCCCUCUAGUAAAGAUCAAAUUAUCCG